AUGGCUGGCAUCCGUGACGAUGCUCCAGCGAAGCUUUCGCUGGAACUGGACGUGACACCUCCUCCUCCGCAGUUGCCCCGACGGCUGAAACGGUUGAGACGGCUGACCGAGGAGGAGCCUGAGGAGGUGCCCGAAGACUGCAAGCAGGCGCCUGCGAAGCUUGGGUGUGGGCAGGAAGAGCCCUUCGCAGAGCCGGCGGAGCCUGCGGCGGAGGUCGCAGCAGAGGCUGCAGCUGGCCCCAGACGCAGCCAGCGGCUUCGGGACCGGGCGCUGCGGGCGCGUGCCAACGAGCCGGAGCAACGCGAAGUGAGGCCACAAGCCGAAGCCUCCCCAGAGAGGCCGCCACCCAGGCAAACUCGUCAGAGCCGCUUCGACGACGAGGAGUCCGACGAGGAAGAUGCGCAAGAGUUCGCAGAGUGCCUCCGCGGCUCUCAAUCUGGAGGCAGCAGCCGGGCGUCUCGAUCCCUUGGCAGCGACGAGGAUCCCGAGGUGUCCACGUGGCGUGAUGACCUCGCCGGGAGAUGGGCGGACACAAGGCCGAGUGCUGCCUUUAGCCUUGCUUUCCUCGAUGGCGCGAGGAUCCGAGCACUGCCUGCCAAGUGCCGGCUAGCUGGAUAUCCCAUCUUCGAUCCGGCCGGGAAGGUGAACCUGCCUUUACUCCUCGGAGCGCACAAGCAGCUUCUCGCGCAGGGCUCUUCGAGCUCUGAGGCACGGCAGGUUGGAUGGCUAGCGCGACAGGCGCUGGCCUUGGAAUUGAUCGAUGAUUCGCAGUUGAAGAGAGGGCGCUUAGUGGUGCUGGGCAAAGGUCCUGCCAGGAAGAAGGCCAAGUUGACGACGCUGGUUCCUUUGCAGGAGAUCAAAUGGCCGCAGAAGAAGAAGGCGACCAAGGCGCCACGAAGAAAGCCCGAUGGCGCGCUCUUCAGUGAGGACGAGGAUUCGGAAGACUCGGAGCUUCAACGCGCGGUGGAGCAGGAGUCGCUGCUCCAGAAGCUGCGGGAGCAGCUGCGCGAAUCGAUGAAGAAGUCCGAAGCGCGGCGAUUGCAGGCCUCCUCAGCCUCCGUCGACAUCAAGAAAGUCAAGGAAGCAGCGUUGGCUCCGCGCUUGUCCUUUGACCUGUAUGCCCCUGAGGAAGACGAUCCCGAUGCAGAUGUGUUGGAAGUGCUACCUCCAGAAGGGGUCUGCCGUGGAAGCUUGUUACGGGAGGAGGUGCAGAGGCAGCUCUUUGCAGCAGCGGCCAAAGCACUGGUGGUCGAGGAGCCCAAGAAGGAGCCUGCAGCUGCACCGGAAGCAGAUGGCGCAGGAGGAGCUCCGGAGGUGCCGGAGGCCAGCUCCUCGAAAGUUCAAGAGCAGCAGCCGACGAAGCUGGAGGCAAGUCUCCCGCGUUCGGCGGGCGCACCGAAGCAAUCUUCACCGACGAAGGGCCGAGGAUUGGUGCCGGAGGCAAGUCUCCCGCGUUCGGAGGGCGCACCGAAGCAAUCUUCUCCCACCAAGGGCCGAGGAUUGGUGCCGGAGGAGAGUCGGGGCAGCGUCAGCAGCCGCAGUGUGACCUCCUCCUUCUUCCGCCCAGACAGCGAGGAAGAGGACCCACCCGAAGAGGAGGAGGAGGCGAGUCUGUCAGAAAGCAGUGACCUUCAGGACAUGGUGACGAUGAACCUGAAGAAGCGCAGACGUCCCACGAAGGAGGCGCUGCAAUAUCGGGAAGAAUGGGCGCAGAAGCUGCGUGAUGCGAAGAUACUGGGAAAGGAAUACCUCGACUCGGUCCUCUCCAAGGAGGACUUCAUCAAGGCUCAAAAGGCGAAAUACAAGCCGCAGGCAAAAGCGCAGGACGAUAGGCGUUCGAUGGCCAGCGAGAAGGCCGUCCUUUGGCUGCGUGGGGAUGAAGAUGACUUCGAGGACCUCUUCCGCGGGCUGCGCCCCAAGAAGGAAAAGAAGCCGAGUUUCCUCAGCGAUUACCGGCCGCCGCCAGUGAAGCAGCGAAAGUAG